AUGGGCAUCACCUCCUUUUGUAACGACCAAGAGGGAUGGGGCCCUACUAGCGGCAUCCGUCCCGACUUAACACCCUGUAUGGAGAACACCAUCCUUCUCGCCCUGCCCUCGCUCGUUGGCAUCGUUGCUCUUUCCGCACGCAUAUUUUCCAUGUGGCACAAUGGAGCACCCCACAACCUGGGUCGCACCAAUGCCAUCUAUUGGCCAUCCCAGUUCCUCAUUCUCGCAAGCAUCAUCGCCCUGAUUGCAAGAGCUGCCGUCCUCAAUAAUGAUAUCUAUACCCCUGCUACUAUGCUUAGCACUGCACUUGCACUUGUGCAGAAUCACUUCCAGCACCAGCAAGAGUUCCGCUCGUCUGACUACAUCUUCACACUCUACAUUUUCUCCCUUGUUGGCGCCGCCAUCAACAUCCGCACCAUGUCGCUCCUGAACCAGACCGCUCAAGACCAGUUCAAGACCUUCAUCUCGUUUUUUGCCUUUCUCGCUGCCGGUUUCACCGUCGAGGCUUGGCCACGCGGCAGGACCCAGGUCCAGAGACAGAGCCAAGGAGGACGCUACGAAAAGGCCAACCUCUUUUCGCGCAUCUCUUUCCAUUCCCUCCAGCCAAUCCUCCGCGAAGGUUACAAGGGUCCAUUGGAAGCCAAGGAUAUCGAGGGAAUGAUGCCUCAUCGUAUCAAAACCGAAUACAGCCAUGCACUGCUGAAUGACCGGUGGCAGCGCGCGGUCACCAAAGCACAGUCUCGCGACAAGAAGCCCAGCUUGUUCAUCACCAUCAUGAAGACCUACAGCUGGGGCUGGAUUCCAAUCAUGAUCUUCCGUCUGGCGGCGUCUACUUUUACCUACAUCUUGCCGGUGCUCCUGAACCAGAUCUUGAACUUCAUCGAGUCCUAUUCCAGUGGUGAGCCCCAGCCGGUGUCUCUAGGAAUCAUCUUGGCCUUUGGGAUGUUCUUUGCUUCGGUCAUGAGCGCCUUCUGCGUUGGACAGUUCUACCAGACGGCGAUCAAUAUUGGCGUGGAGAUCAGAACCGCGCUCAUUGCCAUGGUUUACCGCAAGUCUCUCCGGCUCUCAAACGCUGCCAAGCAAAGCAACACUGCGGGUGAAAUCAGCAACCACAUGUCUGUUGACGCCGAGCGGUGGUUACAUGCCGUGACUUCCUUGCCCAUACUCGUCUCCAUUCCAUACGAGAUUGCCCUUGCUCUCUGGCUUUUAUACAACCAAAUUGGAUGGUCCAUUUUCAUUGGAUUGGUCCUAAUCGUCGCCCUGAUGUCGACCCAAGGUUUCAUCGUCAAGGCCUACAUGCAAGCGAAGAUAAAGAAGAUGGAGGCCGCCGAUAACCGUAUGCGCCUCAUGAACGAGAUCCUCGCGGGUAUCAAGAUCGUCAAGCUGUACGGCUGGGAGGACUCGUUCAAGCAGCGAGUGACCGCCUACAGAGACCAGGAGCUCGUCAACCUCAAGUUCUUUGGCAAGCUUCAAGUCUUCAUGUCGACCAUGUUCCAGUCUCUGCCUAUGGUCGCCGGUCUGAUAUCGUUUUCAGUCUAUGCUACAGUCGGAGGUCCCAAUUUCACCCCCGGAGAGAUAACGCCCCAAAGGAUUUUUGUUGCCAUCUCGCUGUUUGGUCUCCUGGCGAAACCUAUUGGACUCACCGCGGGGAUGAUGAACGAGUCGGCCAGUGCGUUGGUUUCUACGAGGAGAAUUGAAAAGUUCUUGCUCGCUGAGGAGAUUGCAGGAUCCAACACUGAGGCGAUUAAGCAGAUGCCAGAUGACCCUAACGCCCCAGUGGUCGAGAUCAAAGACGGUGUGUUUGCAUGGGACCCCGAAGGUUACGAGGGUGAAUCGGAAGCUGAGGCCAAGAAGAACUUGACGCCAGAGGACAAGGAGACAUCGCCCGAGGAUGAAGCAUUUGCCAAGAAAGAGAAAGGGCCCACAUUGACCAACAUCAACCUGGAGUUCAAACAAGGAAAUCUGGCAACCAUCGUUGGUCGCGUCGGUCAAGGAAAGUCGUCGUUGCUGAACGCCAUUAUUGGAGACAUGUACAAGCACAAAGGAUCAGUCCGCAUCCAUGGAAGAAUGGCAUAUGUCCCCCAGCAAGCAUGGAUCCUCAACGCCACGGUUCGCGACAACAUCCUCUUCGGCAACGUCUUUAACCAAACCCGAUAUGACCUUGUCCUGAUGGUCUGUGGACUCUUACCUGACAUCGAGAUCCUUCCAGCAGGCGACCAGACGGAAAUCGGUGAGCGUGGCAUCAACCUCUCUGGUGGCCAAAAGCAGCGUGUCUCUCUGGCCCGUGCCGCUUACGAUGAUGCCGACCUUUACCUUCUGGACGACCCCUUGAGUGCCGUCGAUGCUCAUGUCGCCCAGCACCUCUGGAAGAACCUCCUUGGCCCGAGAGGACUUCUCAAGAACAAGACUCGCAUUCUCGUUACUCAUGCAGUUCAGUUCCUCGGAGACGCCGACCGCAUUGUUGUCCUCAAGAAUGGUCAAGUUAGCGAGACUGGUCAAUACCAGGAGCUUAUGGAUGCCGGCCAGUCGUUUUACCAGCUUAUCAAGGAACACUCUGUCAGACACCAUCAGCACCACAAGAAGCACGAAGAGAUUGAAGGCACUGUCGAGGAGAGUUCUGAGCUAGAGUCCGACGUUUCGACUGAGGACGGUGAACCUGAUGCUAUUGCUGUCAAAGAUGACAAGGGCGAGUUGGUCACGGAGGAGAAGAUGGUCGAGGGAAGCGUCUCGUGGAGUGUUUAUAUCAAGUACAUUAAGUCUACCUCCUACAAGUAUGCCCUGACGGUAGUCAGUCUCUACGCACUCGUCCAGAGUGUCCAGAUCGGAUCCAACAUCUGGCUCAAGUACUGGGUCACCAACUCUGCCUCGGGAAAGCUCACUCUGUCUGGAUAUCUCGGAAUCUACGCCGCCUUUAUUGUCGUCUUUCUCCUAUUGAGUGCUUUGGUGACCUACUUUGCCAUGGUCCUGGCCAUUGUCCGUGCGGCAAGACGUCUUCACGAGCGAUUGCUGGACAAGGUUCUUCGUUUGCCAAUGUCGUUCUUUGACACUACCCCUCUUGGCCGUAAUGUCAACCGGUUCUCCAGUGACAUUCUGAGCGUCGAUGAAAUGAUCCCCUGGAACAUCUUCCACACCGUCAUCUGCACCUUUUCUGUUCUUGCGACUAUGAUCGUCAUCGCCUUGAACACACCCAUCUUCUUGGCCGUCGUCCCCUUCCUGGUGAUCAUCUAUGGUUUCGUUCAAGCAUACUACGUCUGUUCGUCGCGUGCCUUGAAGCGAAUCGACUCUGUCACCAAGUCGCCAAUCUACCAGCACUUCAGCGAGACCUUGACUGGAGUCACCACCAUCCGCGCCCUGGACGCCGGCAAGCAAUUCAUUGCCGAGAAUGCUGCCAGGGCCGAUGUGUCUGCUAACGCCUACUUUGCAUGGAUCGUAACCAACCGCUGGCUGCAGAUCCGUUUGGAGUGUCUGGGAUCAGUGAUCAUCCUUGCGGCUGCUCUGUUUGCUGUCUUGGGUCGCGACACUCUGAACCCGGCAAGCGCUGGCCUUGCUCUGUCCUAUGCCAUGGGUGUCACUCAGGAUAUUGUCUGGCUUGUGAGCGCCCUCUGUGAUCUCCAAAAUCAAUUGGUAUGCGUGGAGCGUAUUGAGGAGUAUGCCAACAAGAGCUCAGAGGCUCCUGCUCAGACAGAUGUCGUCUUGCCCAAGAACUGGCCCCAGGCUGGUCAGAUCGAGUUCCGCAACUACUCGACGCGUUACCGCGAGGGACUCGAUCUGGUCAUCAAGGACAUUGGUUUCACUGUCCAGCCUACAGAGAAGGUCGGCAUUGUUGGUCGCACGGGUGCAGGAAAGUCGUCUCUGACACUCGCAUUGUUCAGGAUUAUCGAAGCAGCCAACAGUCACUGGGCCAAAGCUAGUCAUAACAGUGCCGACAUGGAUGUUGAUCUAGAUGACGAGAAGGACGCCGAUGCUGUCCUGGAAAAGGUGCAAGUGGAGGAGGAUGGUGGUUCGAUCUGGAUUGAUGGUGUGGACAUUUCGAACGUUGGAUUGAAGGACCUUCGUCAACACCUCGCCAUUAUCCCUCAGGAGCCCAUUUUGUUCGUUGGAACUGUUCGCGACAACCUCGACCCCUUCGAGGAGAUGCAGGACGCAGAUCUGUGGGAGGCCCUGGAGCGUGCUCAUUUGAAGGACCACAUUGGUUCCCUCGAAGGAGGACUCUCCUUCAAGGUGUCACAGAACGGCGACAACUUUUCUGUGGGUCAGCGGUCGUUGAUCUGUUUGGCGCGUGCGCUUCUCCGCAAGACCAGGAUCCUUGUACUGGACGAGGCGACGGCUGCGGUGGAUGUGGAGACGGACGAGCUUAUCCAGAAGACGAUCAGGAGCGAGUUCAAGGACAGGACGAUUCUCACGAUUGCGCAUCGUAUAAAGACGGUCAUGGAUUCGGACAAGAUCCUGGUGCUCGAGAAGGGACGUGUCGAGGAGUUCGAGGCCCCGGCUGUGCUAUUGCAACGAUCUGAUUCGCUCUUCUACAAUCUUGCCCUCCAGGCUGGCGAGAUCAAGCUCUGA